AAUUUCAACGCUAAUUACUCAUCUGUCUGGCGGGAAUAGAGCGGCUAUUAAUUGAAAAAAAAAAAAUCUAUUUUAAUUUUCUUUUUCUUAUAUGUUAAUGACAACAGACUGAAGCUGACGCAUUCCGGUUUCUACACCUAGCGACCGCCGACCUACGCAGCCUUACCGCCCUUCCCUAUCCGGGUUUCCUUUUGGAAUUCAGGGAGUUGAAUAAUGGAUUCCAGAAAUGGAUUAACAAUACCGGACGACCAAAUCCAAUCCUUCUUUGAUUCGGCACCUCCUCUCAAAGAUCGAGCUGAAAUCAGAGAAAGUUUAAUUCGAUUCAUUGAGUUCAAUUCUCAAUCUUCAGGAGUGAGGAGGGUUGUGUGUGUGACAUCAGGCGGAACCACUGUUCCUCUGGAGCAGCGGUGCGUUCGGUACAUUGAUAAUUUCAGCUCAGGCAGUAGAGGAGCAGCAUCUACGGAGUAUUUUGUGAAGGCUGGAUAUGCAGUUAUAUUUUUGUAUCGAAGGGGUAGCUGCCAACCGUAUUGUCGGGCGCUUCCUAAUGAUCCAUUGCUGGAAUGCUUUGAGGUCACAGAUGAGUCUCAUAUUCAGGUGCGGGAAUCACAUUCUGAAGUGGUGAAGGGAGCUAUUAGAGACCAUCAUGCUGCAGUAACUGGAGGUCACCUUUUAAAACUGCCCUUUACAACCAUAUUUGAAUAUCUUCAGAUGUUACAGAUGAUUGCAAUAUCAAUGAAGAGGCUUGGCCCUCAUGCCAUGUUUUAUCUUGCGGCUGCUGUCUCUGACUUCUAUGUUCCAUGGAAGAGCAUGGCAGAGCACAAGAUCCAAUCAGGCUCUGGCCCCUUGGAUAUGAGACUUAUGCAGGUUCCAAAGAUGAUCUCAGUUCUGAGGAAGGAAUGGGCUCCCAUGGCCUUCUGCAUAUCAUUCAAGCUUGAGACAGAUCCAAAGAUUCUUGUAGAUAAAGCUAGCAUGGCUCUUAAAAAGUACCAAGUGCAUGCAGUUGUUGCAAAUGAGCUGUUGACCAGGAAAGAUGAGGUUAUAGUGGUCACAAGUAAUGGCAAUAUAUCCGUUCGCCGAGACAAGUCUCAGGCUAGUACUGAUGUUGAAAAUCCUCUGGUUGAACUCCUUGUGGGCAGACACUCAGCGUACAUCAAGGAUUCAGAUACAUAAUAGUUCGGCCAAAAAAGGUUCAAAGCAAGAGAUAGGUGAUACACUCGUGACUCAACACAGCUUUCAAAAUAACAUUUAUAUGCUUUUAGUUUCUUCAUUUGGCUAAAACAUCUGUUUGCAUUGCUGUAAUUUCCCUUUCUUUAGUUUACUGAUAUUAACUUUGUAAGUGAUGUUAUUUGACAUUCACAUGUCCUGAAAGAGGAUUAGAGAUAUUUGAUUCCAGAAAGUAAUUCAUUACUUCAGCAUUCUGUCUGCUUAACCUGACUCUGGACUCUGUUUCUGUUCCUUUUCUGUUGAAAGAAAUGAGUUUUUUUUUU